AAAUGUUUACCACCAUCGAGUGAUUUUACCGAAGAAGAGAGAAACGUUUAGCCCUCGAAUAGUAGUUUUCUCCUUCCAUUUUAAUAUUUUAUUUACAUCGACAGUAUUAUUUAGCACGCAGUGGAAUUUUCCGGUAAAGAUGAAUGAGGAUAUUUUGACCACUCUGAAAAUACUGAUCAUUGGAGAAAGCGGGGUGGGCAAAUCCAGUCUUCUUUUAAGAUUUACAGAUGAUACGUUUGAUCCAGAAAUUGGUGCAACAAUUGGUGUUGAUUUUAAGGUGAAAACCCUGGCUGUGGAUGGAAACAGAGCAAAGCUAGCAAUAUGGGACACUGCAGGUCAGGAACGUUUUCGAACUUUAACACCCAGUUACUACAGAGGAGCUCAGGGUGUCAUUCUGGUGUAUGAUGUCUCUAGGCGGGAGACUUUUUCUAAGCUGGAGAAUUGGUUGAAUGAGCUGGACACAUACUGUACAAGAAAUGACCUUGUCAAGAUGCUUGUGGGAAACAAAAUUGAUAAGGAAGACCGUGAGAUAGAGCGAGACGAGGGUCUGAAGUUUGCUAGAAAACAUUCCAUGCUUUUCAUAGUUCCCAUAUUUCAUUUCAAGAUUCAUCACCUUCACAUAUGGAACAAUCAGACUUUUGACGUAAGCUAGUUUAUUUAACGGCCCUAAUACACACA